AUUGACAAACCCCAGCAAGAGUUGCUUCAGACACGGAUUUUAAGUAGAAGCCGUAGGCAGAUUGUAGCUCUUUCCUCUUCCCCCUGUGUAUCUCCCGUACUUCCUCCUGCUGAGUGGUACUUUGUAACGGAGUCUGGCUGGGUAGAGAUCAUGCAGGGGAGAAACAAAGCCAAAGAGAAAGAAUAAAAACAAAUCACCUCCACCAUUGGGGGCAUAAACACGGCGCACAGCUUCCUUUGUGGUGACUGAAAAAAGAUCCAGGUUUUGGGAGGGGAAGCUACUAGAGACGUCAUUUCUGGGAGGAAAACUUCUUACUUUUAUUAAGCAACCGGUGCCCAGCGCUAAGGAAAGCCGGGGGAGAGAACGAGAGGGGCCCGUGCAAUGGAAAGAGGAGGAAGGGAGAGCUCACCGUAUGUGUAACCCUGCUUCUUGUGCAAGUGAACCGUAAUCAUGCAAGCUGGUGACUACAGAGGGGGUCCGCCUCUUUUUCACCAGCCUCAGAAUGCAAACCACCUCAGAUCCUCAGGUUAUGUCCCUGGAAGAAUUGUUCCAUUACGACCACCACCUCCUCCAAAGAGCCCAGCAUCUGACAAAUUAAAUUCUGCUGGACAGGAAGCCCAUGCAACAUUUGGUUUCAGUGCAGAUGAACAGCAACGUCAUGCACAAAUCAUUCGCAGAAGACACAAAAAUACACUCAUAUGCUUUGCUGUUUCUAGCAUUUCAUUUUUUAUUACCCUUGCAAUUGUUUUAGGGAUAUCAUCCAUGUAUUCUCCUGAUGGAAAUUGUCCAGAUCAAAACUAUUCCCUCAGCAAUUGGAAUCCUGGCCUUGAUGCGACCCAAAAAGUUGUUAUAGGGAAUGGAAACUUUUUUCGAUUGCAAUCAGAUGCCACAGUGCAUUCUAUAACGAUACAAGAUGGAGGUGUACUUGUUUUUGAAGACCAUGCAAAUGGUUCAAAAAAUAUUACUUUGAGGACUCGUUAUAUCUUGAUAAAGGAUGGUGGAGCACUUCAUAUUGGAGCAGAAAAAUGCCCAUAUAACUCCAAAGCAAAUAUUAUUUUAUAUGGAAAAUCUGAUGAAGGGGACACUGUACCUGAAUUUGGCAACAAAUUUAUUGGUGUGGCAGCUGGCGGAACACUGGAAUUACAUGGAACUCCAAAGUUAUCUUGGACCUUGCUAAAUAAAUCACUAAAUUCUUCAGGCCUUAUGACUGGAGCUUACAGUUUUCAACGCAGUUUUUUCAGGGGUCUUAAUGUUAGAGUUGUAGAUCAAGAUACUGCUCAAGUUUUAGAAUCUGAUAGGUUUGACACUCAUAACAAUCGAAGUGAAAGCAAAAGAUUUCAGGAUUUCAUUAAAGCUCUUAAUCCUGGUCAGAUUAUGGCUAUUGCAGUUGGUGACUCUGCUGCCAAAAACUUGUUGGAAGAGACCAGAAUUACAGUUAAUAAUCUUCUUGGAAGUACACUUGUCAAAAAAUUAAGCUAUCGACAGGCAUGGGCUUUUGUUGGUGUUAUUGGCGGUGGAAAUUCUUCUUACAGUGAAUCAGUCCGAGAUUAUGAAAAUCAUAGCACUGGAGGAAGGGCAGUUGCUGUGAAAGAAUUCUUUACAUUGGAUGGGCAGAGGUUUACCGUCGGAGCAUACAGUGAAUGGAUUGAAGGUGAACCAAUUGUGGGUUUCAUGGUGGAAACAGUUGGAGGGGUAGUGCUUGAUCUCAUAGAUGAUGUUCACAGUUGGAAACCAGGUGAUCAAAUUGUUGUUUCAAGUACGGACUACUCAAUGUACCAAGCAGAGGAGUUCACACUUCUACCUUGUCCAGAAUGCAGCAGAUAUCAAGUCAAAGUAAAAGAAAGACCUCAGUUUUCCCAUAUUGGGGAAAUUAUAGAUGAUUUGGACAUGCGAGCAGAAGUUGGAGUUCUUACAAGAAACAUUUUGAUUCAAGGGGAAAUGGAGAAAGAAUGCUAUGGAGACAAUCAGUGUCAGUUCUUCAGCUAUGACACAUUUGGAGGCCACAUCAAGAUUGUAAGAAAUUUUACGUCCGUUCAUCUCUCUAACAUUGAACUGAAGCACAUGGGCAAACAGUUGAUGGGCAGUUAUCCUGUUCAUUUUCAUCUCUGUGGUGAUGUUGAUGAACUUGGUGGUUACAGCAAAGGCACUUAUUUGCAAGGUGUCUCCAUUCACCACUGCUUCUCAAGAUGUGUCACCAUACACACAACCAAUGGCUUGUUGUUAAAGGACACAAUAGGCUAUGACACCCUUGGCCAUUGUUUCUUCAUGGAAGAUGGCAUUGAACAAAGGAACACUCUUUUUCACAACCUUGGACUAGUUACCAAACCAGGAACUUUAUUACCUACGGACCGUAACAGCACAAUGUGUAUGAGCAUAAGGGACAAAGUGUUUGGAAGCUAUGUACCGAAUCCAGCCACUGACUGCAUGGCUGUAUCAACUUUUUGGAUUACACAUCCCAACAAUAACCUGAUAAAUAAUGCAGCAGCUGGCUCUCAGGAUGCUGGGAUAUGGUAUGUGUUCCACAAGAUGUCAACAGGAGAGUCCCAUGGUCUAUAUCCAGAAACCAAAUCGGAGCUUACACCACUUGGCAUAUUUUACAACAACCGAGUUCAUUCUAAUUUCAAGGCUGGAUUAUUCAUAGACAAGAGUGUAAAAACAACAUAUGCAAACGAGGCAGAUCCAAGAGAAUAUCUUUGUUUGGACAACAAUGCAAGAUUUCGCCCCCAUGAAGAUGCUGAUCCUGAGAAACCACGUGUUGCUGCACUAAUUGACCGCCUUGUUGCUUUCAAAAACAAUGAUCAUGGUGCUUGGGUGCGAGGAGGAGACAUUAUUAUACAGAAUUCUGGGUUUUCAGACAAUGGAAUUGGAUUGACCUUUGCCAGUGAUGGAAGCUUCCCAAAAGAUGAAGGCUCCAGUCAGGAAGUCUCUGAAUCUCUGUUUAUUGGUGAAAGCAGAAAUUAUGGCUUUCAAGGAGGCCAAAACAAAUACUGGGGUAAUGGAGGAGUUGACAAUAAAACCCGCACACUGCCUCGGAACAGGACAUUUCCAAUCAGAGGAUUUCAGAUUUAUGAUGGACCAAUUCGUCUUACAAAGAGCACUUUUAAAAACUUUGUCCCUACACCUGAUCGGUUCACCAGCGCCAUAGGCUUCCUAAUGAAAAACCCCUGGCAGCUUACACCAAGAAACAACAUUUCAUUUCUAAAGUUUGGAGCAAAUGUAUCAUUGAAAAUGUUUUUUGGCCAGACUGGACCUUGGUUUGAAGAUGGAAAUUUUGAUGGAGACAAAAAUUCUAUAUUUCAUGACGUAGAUGGUUCAGUUACGGAUUACUAUGACACCUACGUGGCACGAAUGGACAAUUACCUGAUCAGACAUCCUGACUGUAUUAGUGUCACUGAAUGGAACGGGGUCAUUUGCAGUGGCACGUAUGCUCAGGUUUAUGUGCAGACAUGGAACCCACCAAAUCUUACUAUGACCAUCACAAGAGAUGAGUAUCCAUCCAAACCCAUGACACUUAGGGGCAUUAAUCAGAAGGCUUCUUUCCAACAAUAUCAGCCAGUAGUAAUGCUACAGAAGGGAUAUACCAUACACUGGAAUGGACAGGCACCACAAACUACCAACCUUUAUCUCAUUAACUUUGAUAAGGGUGAUUGGAUUAGAGUUGGUCUCUGCUACCCACCAGGCUCCAGUUUCCAAGUAUCCUCCGACUUAUUUCAAAGACAAAACAAUACAUUCUCAGUUGUGCAGGAAUAUCAGCCAGUGUCUUCAAUAAAUGAACUACAAAAGAAGCAAUCAGAGGGAAAGUUCUAUUUUGACAACAGUACAGGGUUGCUUUUCCUCUUCCUUCAAGCCAAUCAUAAUAGAGAUGGUCAAGGUUAUUGUUCGGCUCAGGGAUGUGAAAGAGUAAGAAUUCAAGCUGCAAUUCGAACCAAAGCUAUUAGCAACUGUAUGGCUAACGCUUAUCCAAAAUAUGCCAAAGCACCAGCUGUAAUGAAACCAAUGCCAGCAAAGAAGACUGCCCCGUGUCUGAGUUGUGGAGCAUCUCAGAUGGUAUAUACUAGUGACCCACAUAAUAUCUACCUCCCUGUGCAGCUUCAGUCAAUCAGCAAGGAAGAAAUUCAACAAGGUGCUCAAGAAUCUUAUAUCUCGGUUAAUGGCACCAAGUUUCCAUUCCAAGAAGUUGGUUUAUUCGCCGUCGUUGUUGAUGCUUGCAGUGGCACUGUGAAAGAAACCUUGUACUUUCCACAAAAAGACAUUGAAAAGCUGGAAAACCAUUUAACAAAUAAAAUCCCACAAAGGUCAGUUGUGUUGAUAGCCUCUCGAGGUUUUAUAGAUGAUUUUGGCAAAAUACCUGAAGUGUUGCACACUUUGGGAACAGCUAAAGCUCCAUAUCUUCAAAACAAAGGUAGCAUUGCAUUCUCAGGAUACAGAGGAGCCUUUGUUCCUUCGUGGACCAAGCUUUUUACCAGUCCUGCUAAGCAGGGCCUGGGCUUGAUAGAGAGAUAUAUCCCUUUACAAAUGGAAGAUUAUCAGUGCAGCAGAGUCCGCAGGAUUCAAAGAAAGGAUGACGAUCUCCUAAAGAAAGCUUUAAAAAAAUAGUUAUUUUAUGUCUCAAGGGAAUGGAAAUAAAUGUGAACUAACUUAUUUAAUUUAUGCCAAUUAUACUGUUUCCUGCGUGUCAUUUUACUUUAUUAGAGAGAUGGGCCAAAAAUCUUAGCCCUAAUGCUAAUGCACCUUCUAGUUGUAUAUAAUCCUGAAUGAAUUUAUUACUGUUUUGUAAAGAUAGGUUACGCGGAUUUUUAUCUUUUUGUUGGUGUUGUAUGUGCUGUAUGUUUUUAUACUUUUGUAUACAGAAAAUGUGUGAGAUUUUUUUUUUUUUUUUAAUGGAUUUGACUGGAAAAGUUGUUGUUUUUUUAUUGCACAGUGAUUUACUUGAAAGAUAUUUAUCAAUAAAAAUCUUUCUACAUAUAUAAA